UAGACGUCAUGAAAACAACCUUUAAUGGCGGCAUUAUGUACAUGAUAGUUUAGGUAGAUUUUUUAUUGACACAUUUACACGGAUUUAUUCAUUCAUUGCAUGAAAAUGGCAGAUCAGGAGGGAAGUGCUCCCACAGACCAAGUUCAGGAAGAAAAGACUGAAGAAACUGUACAACAGGAAAUUCCAACAGAGAAUGCUGUGAAAACAGAAGAACCAGUAGCAGAACAAACAGAACCAGUAACACAGACUGCCCCUGAAGUACAGCAACAAGAAGAAGAAAAGAAGGAAGAAUCAACAGAACAAAAACAGGAAGAACCAUCUCAAGAGGAAACAGGAAAACAGGAGGAACAAACAGAAGAGAAAAAAGAAGAACCUGCUGUGGGACAGACUGAAGAAAAAACAGAAGAUGAAGGACAAAAACAAGAUGAUGAAAAAGUUGAGGAACAAACAGAGGCAAAGACUGAGGAACAAAUAGAGGCAAAGACUGAGGAACAAACAGAGGAAAAAGUAGAGGAAAAAACAGAGGAGCAGAAUGAGGCAAAACCUGAUGCACCCCAAAAGGACAAAACCAAAGAAAGUACAGAUAUUCCAGCACCUCCAGGCACACCUCAACCCACACAACAAAGUAUGGGUACAGAGACAGAACCAACAAAGGAUGAUCAUGAAGUGGAUCCUCAUGCCACAUCUCCUAGAACCAAUUUAGAAGCUACUGCAACAGUGAAAAUUGUAUUGAUGCCAAGUGGUCAGGUGGUGACACUUGCCUGUACAUUAGGACAGUCUUUAAGAGAACUCAAAGAUCACUUUGCUUCAGAACUUAAGAUGCAAUUCAACAUGAUCUACUUGAUGUUUGAUGGGAAGCAAGCUAAUGAUAGUUUGACACUAGCUGAUUUAGGAGUAGGGCCUAAUGGCACUAUUCAGUUAGAGCUCCAGUCCACAGAUCCUGUAAAUACACCAAUAAAAACAUAUCGUCCUAAACAAGAAUAUCAUAUGCCAGAUGUCAUCACUGUAAGAAUUCAAGGCAGUGAAGAUGGUGAGGGAGCCAGAGAUGUUGUUGUUGAGAUAGAGAGAGCCACUCGUAAGAAGCCAUUUAUUGGUGGCUACAGACAUAAACAGAGUGGUAUAGAAUUUCAUCAUGCCUCAGCACAAACAAUGAAAAAACAGCCACCCCCAUCCACUGUUCCCAAAUAUUGUAGAGAUACACAGACUGUAGAACAGAAACAUACAGUACAACAGACCACCAAUGACAUGUCAACACAGAUGUCAAAAAUAGGUGUAUUUGUAUCAAAUGUUCCUGAUAAAUUGUUGACACCUGGAAGUUACACAACAGCAGAUGAUCAUCAUAAUAUGAUAUUACAAAAGAUUAUACUAAUUCAGAAAUAUUACAGAAGAUGGUUAGCAAAGAGAUAUGUAACAAAAUUAAAAGAUGACAAAAAAAGCAGAGAAAAAUUUGAAAAACAAGAAGAAAUUAGAAAGAAAAAAGAAAAGGAGGAUAGAAUAAGAAAAGAAUUUGAGAGAAGAAUGAAUCCGAAGUCAAAAGAAGACUUUGAUUUAUUGUAUCAUGCAUUAGAGAAAUGGAGAGUAGAGGAAAUGGAAAGAAUAAAUCAGACAGCUGAUGGCGCUGAACGUAAAGCUGCUCUCUGUAUGUUAUUAGACCAAGAAACCCAAUUAAUAUCUGCAAUUGGUCGACAUAAAAUAGAAGCUGAUACUGAAAAUAAAGAUAAAAGAAUACAACAAUUUCUUAGCAAAGCAGCAGCACCAAAGAAAUGGAAGGGAUUUGAUGGUAAAAGUACAGAAAUGGACACACCAUAUACGAUACGAGCCAAAGAAUUACAGGAUAUAUACAACAGUAUCAAUAUGAAGUACCUAACACAGGAUGAAAGAUUAGAUGUUUUAUUAACUCUCAAACAUACUGUCAAGGAACAUGACUGUAAGUUAACUCAGGAAAUCAUAGAAUUAAUAGACAGAGAAGCAGAUUUGUUAAUGAGAGGAGUUCGAGAAAACAACUUAGAUGGACUUAGAAAGAGAAUUUCUACACUGUUCCUCCAAUAUAUUAAAACACCAACCUUCAAUCCAGAAGCUGCCAAACUUCUUAAAGUUCCACAAGAUCCAUCAGUGCUACGAAAGAACAUUUACUUCUGUCCUAGUUGUAACCAGUAUCUGCCUUCCACUGACUUUGCCUUGUCGUCCAAUUCUCGUACUGUGGGUAAAUGUAGGAGAUGUACCAAGAUUGACAAUGAUGCUAGAACUAGACAAGACUUCAGUACAUUCCAACAUAUGCUCAAAUCUCUACGUAAAUCUGAAGAAGGCUUCAAAGAUGGUUCAAAGAUUGCUUUCUUGCUACAGGAGCAAGAUUUACGUUAUUUGGUGGAGAAGAUUUGGAGUGGUCAGAGUAUACUAAGUGCAUGGGAAGAUCUGUAUGAUUUGACAUUUGUCCGCUGGGACAAACACCAAGAAUGGUCGCCAUGGAACUGCAUCUUACUAACUAAGGAUGAAGCUGCAUCACAUGUUAAACUUGUUGAUCUGGAAGAGGGUUACGGUCAAGUUUUCAUGCAAAAGGUUAAACAGAAACACACACUGGCCAGGAACUAUUUCUCCAGACUGCCUGGUAUGGCAGAACAUGUCAGAGAAAAAGCCAAUGAAAAAUCAAUGAUAUCAGGUCCUUCAGUAGCAGGUCAACCAGUUCCAGUACAAUCAAGAGCUUAAGAACCAAACAUCAAGUGAUAACAGCCUCAUGAAGAC